CCACCCAAAAAAACAAAAACUGAACAAUGCUCCCUAGGCUUAUCUCCUAAGCUACACUAACCUUUUUCCGAUUUUUAAAUAUUUCUUUUUUUUCUCCUCACAACGAAAGAAAUUCUUGUCAACAACCCCCAACACGGAGCCAUUACCGGUUUCGACUGCGCCCUCUUUCUCUUUUUUUCCCCCUUUCUUUCUAUCUCUUCUUCUCUUCACUCACCCUCCGUACAACACAUCAUGUGAGCGUUUCGCUGGUUUCUACCCUCUCGUAGCUGUCCAUGCUCCCAAAUUCUGCAAAUUGCAACCCUCUUUUAUUAUAGUUUUCUUCACUUUAACACCUUAUAUAACUUUUGCUACCUCCUUGGACCCCAACACAAAACAUCACACAAGUGCUGAUGGUGGUGUGGCCCUUCUUAUUAUUUCAUCUUACAACAACCACUCAUUACCAAUCCCUCAACUAUUUUAGGGUUCAGAAACCCUUAGGGUUUUCUUGUUCCUCAUAGUGGAUUGAGUAGUACCUCUUGGUUUGUUUGUUGGAGCCUCUUGUUCAGCUGGGUUAAUUAGCUGAGUGAGAGAGUUUUUUGCUUCCCAAUUUCAAAAAAUUAAUGGAGGAAUACACUAGUAAUAAUCACUUGAGUGAAAACACAGGUCCAAGUCCAAGUACUCCAAGGCCAAAUUUCUUGUACUCUUCAGCUAGUGGUGGAAACCAUAAUCAUCAGCAUCAGCAUCAUAGCCAUCACCACCACCACCACCACCAGUUUCCAAUCAACACCUUUCAUCUUCAAUCGGGUGGAUCAGAUCAUUGCUUUCAGUCUGAUCAAGUUUCACCACACCCUUCUGUCAAAUCCGAAGCCAGCACUUCUCAGCUCCACGCUCCGAUUUUCCACUACCCUUUAAUGAGAGGAAACCUUCACAACACUAUGCAUCAUCCUCAGCAACAAGGAGGGAGCCCAACUAGCUCCACUGGUGAAGUUGAAGCCAUAAAAGCUAAAAUCAUUGCUCACCCUCAGUACUCCAAUGUUUUAGAAGCCUACAUGGAUUGUCAAAAGAUAGGAGCUCCACCCGAAGUGGUGGCGCGUAUGGCUGCGGCUAAGCAAGAGUUUGAGGCACGGCAAAGAUCUUCAGUUGGUUCAAGGGAAACUUCAAAAGACCCUGAACUUGACCAAUUCAUGGAAGCAUACUAUGACAUGCUUGUGAAGUAUAGAGAGGAAUUAACAAGGCCUAUUCAAGAGGCUAUGGAUUUCAUGCGAAGGAUAGAAACUCAGCUAAAUAUGCUUUGCAAUGGACCCGUGCGGAUCUUCUCUGAUGAUAAAUGUGAAGGUGCCGGUUCAUCAGAAGAGGAUCAAGACAACAGUGGAGGAGAAACAGAACUUCCCGAGAUUGAUCCCCGAGCAGAAGACCGUGAACUCAAAAACCACUUGCUGAAGAAGUACAGUGGUUACUUAAGUAGCCUUAAGCAAGAACUCUCCAAGAAGAAAAAGAAAGGGAAACUUCCCAAAGAUGCUAGGCAAAAGCUACUUAACUGGUGGGAAUUACAUUACAAAUGGCCAUAUCCUUCGGAAUCAGAGAAGGUGGCAUUGGCUGAAUCAACUGGUUUGGACCAAAAGCAAAUAAAUAACUGGUUCAUAAACCAGAGGAAGAGGCAUUGGAAACCAUCUGAAGACAUGCAAUUUAUGGUGAUGGAUGGCCUGCAUCCGCAGAGUGCAACUCUCUAUAUGGAUGGUCACUACAUGGCAGAUGGUCACUACCGUCUAGGACCAUGACAAAAGACAAGGCCACCUUAUAAAUUAUUAUUAUAUAUAUUUUUAAUUGUAAUUUAAAUGCAAGGUAUGUGUUUCUUAUUAACAAAGAGAUUGUGCCCAAACUGGAUAACAGUCAACGCUCUAGCUACUAGUUUCAAUAUUAUCAAGCAUAUACCGUGAACAUUAAUUGGUUGUGCUUGUGCAGUGUGAGUACUUGAGUAGUUUGCCACAGUGAUGUUGUACGUUUUAUUAAACAAUGACGGUUGCUUAUUAUAUUUUCAUAAUUAGUAGUAUUGGUAGAGAUAAUAUAUAUUCAUAAGAUGUGUCACAUUUGGAUUUUAAUUUCUAA